AUGAGCAAGGAUCCGCCCGAGGUCAACAAGUUCCUCGACCUCAUGCGCCACGGCCAAACGAUGCGCUCGACAGCGGCGGCGCUCCUUGGCCAAGAAAGCCACCGAGCCAUCUACCUCAACCAAGCGCUGGACGCCUUCCAGCAAGCGCUCGUCUUCUCGGCGUACGUCCCCGCGCUGCAGACGCAGAUGUGCCUGGAGCACAUCCGCGAGACGCAGGUGGACCUCCUCAUCGUUUCCAAGCUCCUGAAUCGCCAGCAGCUUCACGUGCGCACAUCGAUGCCCAACGAGCAGCCGUCGCGCCGCGCCGUCAAGGUGCUCGUACCCGCGCUGCCCAAGUCUUUGUUUGGCGACGACGGCAAGCUCGCGCUGGCUAAGAUUUCGCCUCGCUUCCCAAAGGCGGCGCCGCUGCUGCUGCUCCCGACGCCGCAAGAACGCCCCGCGAAGAAGGCCAAGCUCGAGACGCCGCCAACGCUCUUAGCGAUCGCAGAAACCCUCUUGGCCCUCGCAGGCCCUACGCUGCGCCGUAAUCUAUAA